AUGGGGGAUCGCCGACACUGCGACGGGUCCUGCAUCACUUUGCUCUUCCAAGACGACACGGGAGGCCUAUAUGUCCGAGGGACUAAAGGAGAUAAUUGGAUCCAUGUAAAUCCAAUCAAAGGCGCCUUAGCGGUUAACAUAGGUGACCUAUUGCAGAUCAUGAGCAAUGAUCGAUACAAGAGUAUCGAGCAUUGUGUAGCAGUUGAUUUACGCAGGGCUCGAAUAUCUGUAACGCUAUUUGUGAAUGCUAGCCUUGACAGUGUCAUUGGUCCAUUUCCACAAAUGCUAAAAGAUGGAGAAAAACCAGUGUACAAACAUGUCUUGCAUUCUAAUUAUUGGGAUUAUUUCUACCGUAAAAGGCCUUCUGGAAAAGCAUCACUAGAUUUUUUUAAAAUUUGA